AUGGCACAACUAGUUUUAAACAUUAUCGAUCACUACCAUGAUAUAAUGGACAACAAGAGUGAUUCCAGAGUGAACGGUUGGCCCAUGUUAUCCAGUCCGUUCCCAACGCUGUUCGUAUGCCUGUUUUACGUGUACUUCGCCAUGGUGCUCGGACCCAGACUGAUGGAGAACCGAAAACCGUUUCAGAUGAGAACCAUACUCAUAGUAUACAACUCCAUACAGGCUGCGUUCAGCGCUUGGAUAUUCUACGAGUACAUAAUGAGCGGAUGGGGAGGUUCGUACAGUCUAAAAUGCCAACCUGUCGACUAUUCCAACGACCCGAUGGCAUUGCGGAUGGCUCGCACGUGCUGGUGGUACUACAUUUCCAAGUUCACCGAAUUCUUCGACACGUUGUUUUUCAUUUUGAGAAAAAAAAAUCAACAGGUGUCGACUUUGCACGUCAUUCACCACGGGUGCAUGCCCAUGAGUGUUUGGCUGGGAAUGAAAUUCGCACCAGGCGGGCAUAGUACUUUCUUUGCGUUGCUCAACACUUUCGUGCACAUAUUCAUGUACUUCUACUACAUGGUGUCGGCAAUGGGACCCCAAUACCACAAAUACAUUUGGUGGAAGAAGUACCUCACCUCGUUCCAAAUGUUACAGUUCGUGUGCAUCUUCGUCCAUCAGUUCCAACUGUUGUUCGUCGAGUGCAACUAUCCAAAGAGCUUCAUGAUCUGGAUCGGCCUGCACGGCGUCAUGUUCUUGCUUCUGUUCUCAGACUUCUACAAAUCCAAGUACACCAAAGACGGCGAACCCAGAUCAUCUAAUGCAGGCCAAUCGAAGAUGCAAGCUUGCAUGCCAAUCGAAAACAACUACAGCAAGUAUUCGUCCAACAAUCACGAGAUCGUGGUGUACUAUUCGAACGGUAUAAACAACGGCUUAAAGCCUACCGAGGACACCAAGACCAAGUAG